AUGAGACAGCAGGCACAGAAUGACUUUGACAUCUCCCUUUAUAAAUCAUACAACAAUAUCGUUUUCGGAAAAACCAUGGAAAAUAUAAGAAACAGAUUAAAUUUUAACCUAGUUCAUACAAAAAAAACCCUUCAAAAGCUGGUUAGUAAACCGAGUUUUGAGAGCUUUACUAUCUUCAAUAAAGAUCUCGUUGUAGUAAAAAACAAAAAGGUCAUAACAAACCCAUCUACACAAUAUGGUGGGAAUGCAAAGUUGCUGAUGACAGAUACAGAUUCCCUGUUUUACAGGUUUGAAGUUAAAGAUAUGUAUAAAGAGAUGAGUAAACAUAUUGAUUUGUUCGAUACAUCAAACUAUCCUAGAGAUCAUUUUCUGUUUAGUGAAAUAAACAAGAAGGUUGUUGGUAAGAUGAAAGAUGAAACUGCAUCUCAGCCAGUAAUGGGAUGUGUUGAAUUACGACCAAAAAUGUAUUCAUUCAUUGUUUACAAUGAGGAAAAAACCCAAGUGAAAAAAGCAAAGGGAAUCGCCAAAUCUGUUGUUAACAAAGAAUUAGCAUAUCAAAAUUACGUGGACUGUCUAUUAAACUGUAAAUUAGAAAGACAUACAAUGAACUCUAUACGGAGUGAAAAUCAUAAUCUGUUUCUUAAAGCUAUCAACAAAAUUUCCCUGUCUUCCUUUGACAAUAAACGAUGGUGGUUGAAGCCUAAUGGUAUUGAAGGUUAUUCAUAUGGACACUUUAAAAUCACUGAUAAUUAA